AAUACAGUGGGGGGAGGAUAAGGAGGAGGACGAGGAGGAGGAGCAGUUUCUGCCAGGACUUAAUAUGGCUCCCAUAGUUACACCAUCCGCUCGUCACCUCAUCCGCGACCUCACCGCUCAGACCGGGCUGCAGAUCAGGAGCGAAGUCUUCUCGCCCCUUCGCUGACCACGACUACAGAAGAGUUUGAAGCCAGGCAGCGCCCAACGGAGUUAAACUCCGUAACCAGGGAAACACCACUUCCGCUGACGUCAUUACGGCGACACGUGGAUCCAAGAUGGCGAUGGCGAUGGAUUGGUUGCCGUGGUCCCUGCUGCUUCUCUCUCUCACGUAUGAUACACGCGCCUUCUACGUCCCUGGGGUUGCACCAAUAAACUUCCACCAGAACGACCCUGUAGAAAUCAAGGCUGUGAAGCUCACCAGCUCUCGAACGCAGCUACCUUAUGAAUACUACUCGCUGCCCUUCUGCCAGCCCAGCAAAAUAACCUACAAGGCAGAGAAUCUGGGAGAGGUGCUGAGAGGGGACCGGAUUGUCAACACCCCUUUCCAGGUGCUAAUGAACAGCGAAAAGAAGUGUGAGGUUCUGUGCAGUCAGUCCAGCAAGCCAGUGACCCUGACCGUGGAACAGAGCCGGCUCGUGGCCGAGCGGAUCACGGAAGACUACUAUGUCCACCUCAUUGCCGACAACCUGCCUGUGGCCACCCGGCUGGAGCUCUACUCCAACCGCGAAGGAGAUGACAAGAAGAAGGAAAAAGAUGUGCAGUUUGAACACGGCUACCGGCUCGGCUUCACAGAUGUCAACAAGAUUUACCUGCACAAUCACCUCUCGUUCAUCCUUUACUACCACCGGGAAGACCUGGAAGAGGACCAGGAGCACACGUACCGCGUCGUCCGCUUCGAGGUGAUUCCCCAGAGCAUCAGGCUGGAGGACAUCAAAGCAGAUGAGAAGAGUUCGUGCACCCUGCCUGAGGGUACCAACUCCUCACCCCAAGAAAUUGACCCCAGCAAGGAGAAUCAGCUGUAUUUCACCUACUCUGUACACUGGGAGGAAAGUGACAUCAAGUGGGCCUCUCGCUGGGAUACUUAUCUGACCAUGAGUGACGUGCAGAUCCACUGGUUUUCUAUCAUUAACUCUGUCGUGGUGGUCUUCUUCCUAUCAGGCAUCCUGAGCAUGAUCAUCAUCCGGACCCUCCGGAAGGACAUCGCCAACUACAACAAGGAGGAUGACAUUGAAGACACCAUGGAGGAGUCUGGUUGGAAGCUGGUGCACGGUGACGUCUUCAGGCCCCCCCAGUACCCCAUGAUCCUCAGCUCCCUCCUGGGCUCAGGCAUUCAGCUCUUCUGUAUGAUCCUCAUCGUCAUCUUCGUGGCCAUGCUCGGGAUGCUGUCACCCUCCAGCCGGGGAGCUCUCAUGACCACAGCCUGCUUCCUCUUCAUGUUCAUGGGGGUGUUUGGUGGAUUUUCUGCUGGCCGUCUGUACCGUACUCUGAAAGGCCAUCGGUGGAAGAAAGGAGCCUUCUGUACGGCAACCCUCUACCCUGGCGUGGUCUUUGGCAUCUGCUUCGUUUUGAAUUGCUUCAUCUGGGGAAAGCAUUCAUCAGGAGCAGUGCCCUUCCCCACCAUGGUGGCCCUGCUGUGCAUGUGGUUCGGGAUCUCCCUGCCCCUUGUCUACCUGGGCUACUACUUCGGCUUCCGCAAGCAGCCAUAUGACAACCCCGUGCGCACCAACCAGAUUCCCCGGCAGAUCCCUGAGCAGCGGUGGUACAUGAACCGAUUUGUCGGCAUUCUCAUGGCCGGGAUCCUGCCCUUUGGUGCCAUGUUCAUCGAGCUUUUCUUCAUCUUCAGCGCCAUCUGGGAGAAUCAGUUCUAUUACCUUUUUGGCUUCCUGUUCCUUGUCUUCAUCAUCCUGGUGGUGUCGUGUUCACAAAUCAGCAUCGUCAUGGUGUACUUCCAGCUCUGUGCAGAGGAUUACCGCUGGUGGUGGAGGAAUUUCCUAGUCUCCGGGGGAUCUGCAUUCUACGUCCUCGUCUAUGCCAUCUUUUAUUUUGUUAACAAGCUGGACAUCGUUGAGUUCAUUCCCUCUCUCCUGUACUUUGGCUACACGGCCCUCAUGGUCCUGUCCUUCUGGCUUCUCACGGGCACCAUCGGCUUCUAUGCAGCCUACAUGUUUGUCCGCAAGAUCUACGCUGCUGUGAAGAUAGACUGAUGGGGGUGGACCAUGGCCAGGCCCGCUCCGUCCACGGACAGGAAGCCUCUCUGCGUGGGGAACUGCAGGCACGCAAAUAAAAUAACUCCUGCUCCUUUGGAAUGUAACUCCUGGCACAGUGUUCCUGGAUCCUGGGGCUGCGUGGGGGGCGGGAGGGCCUGUAGAUAAUUCUCAGACUUUUCUUCAUCAUUUUAUUCCAGUUCUGUGGGGGAUGAGUUUUUUGUGGGUUGUUUCUUCUUCAGUGCUAAGAAAGUUCCCUCCAGCAGGAACUCUCAGACCUGUUUAUUCAGGUUUAUUUUUUUUGGUUGGGGGUUUUCUUCUUAGUUUUUUUAACAUACGGAUCCAGGAUGGAUAAAUCACCAAGACGCUGGGUUUUGGUCACUGUCUCCACCUCGGUUCCUCAGGCUGUUAGCCACCCCACGAUUAACUGGAAGAGGAGAUGUCUGGCCUUCUGGGGCUUCAGUGAGGUUUCCGAGCGUCUCACAGCCCGUGCUCACCAUUGAUGUCACGACAAAGCACAGCUCUAGCCCGGACACGCAUCCUCAGUGCCAACCAGCCUCUGCCAGCCCUGCCCCUCACUCUUCUCUCUCCCCAGCCCCCUCCCAGGGCGGCCCAACGCAGGGCUUCCAGCCAGUCCUUCAGGUCAACCAAGUCUUGGUUGCUCCAAGGAAAAUCCCCUGGAAGUAGUCGGGGCCACGUUUCCCAGGACAGCAGGACUCACCCCUGCUCAGAGCAGUGGGGGUUUGCUGGACCAGAGAAGAGACUUGCAGUGAACUAUUCGUGCCAAGAAACCCUGGAUCCAGGGCCAAGUAUUUACAGAGUCAAGCCAAGCAUCCACAUGUUUGUCUGGAAUGAGGGUCCUCACCCCUCAGGAUUGCUCCCCAGUACUUUCCUCGGGGGGUUGCUGCUCUUUGCAAAGUUUGCUGGUGGUGGGCCGUCUCCCUUCCCCCCCCUUCCAGGGCAGAACAAGGCUGGGAGACCUCACAUGCCCUCCUUUAGAUGGCUGGGGAGAGGCGUUCUCUCCCUGACAUCCCCCAGCCCCAGUGCUCGUACCCAGCUCUUUUAGCCAGUCCCAUCCCCUCUGCUUCCCGUCUGAUUCUUGCCUCCUUUGGGAGACACCAGAAUAUUGCUUGUGGGAAGGGAGAUGGAAGGUCAGUUCUGUCGCUCUGUCCCCAAUACCCAGGAAUAGGCAAGGAGCCAAGUUAGAAAGAGGGAGCUAUUGUGGCAGGCCUGGCUCCUCUGUCCCUGCCCACCCCAUGCAUGUCCCAAACAUUUGUUCUUAAGUUGCAAGAGACCAAACCCACCCUGGGAUUAGGGUUUAAGUAACAGCCACUUACCCUUGCUUCGGCCCCUUUGGGACUCCCACCACAAGACAAAGCUCAGGAUGCUGGCUAAGCUAGGAACACACCCCACUCCCUUAACACCCUGCACCCCAACUCCAGAUUCCCCCCAGCAGCCCCUACCAGCUCCACCAGUCAAACCAGUGAACUUUUCGACCUUGAUCACAGUGACUCCGUAUCGCCAGACGGUGUCCACCAAGAAUCAGGUUGGAGAAAAGGGAACCCAAACAGUAGAGAAUGAUAUUGCAGGCUUUCGUUCACUCAAAUCUCGGAUUUUUUCCCUAAGAAAUUGUCUUUUGGGGAGGAGUAGGGGAAUGGACUCCUCACAAAGGGUUCAAAUAUCAUCGAUUUUUCUGACUUUUUUAAUCAUCAUCAUUAUUAUUUUUAAUUAAAAGAUGCCUGUAUGCCUUUUUUUGGUCCAAUUGUAAAUAAAUAUGCCAUUGUCCUGUU